GGCACCGCUGCCAAAGGGGAAGUGAGCUGGGGUUGGAGCGAUGGCCCGGGUCUGGACCCCGCGGCCGCCGCCUCCGCCGCCGCCGCCUCCGCCGCCGCCACCAGCGAGUCAGGAGCAGCUGCGUCCGGAGCCGAAGCGGGGACCGGAGUCGCGGCUGCAGUGGAGGCGGCGCGUUUGAGUUGCCGAAAGUCGCCGGUGCCGGAAUACCUCAAACUCGGCGGGAGCGCUUCAGGUGGGCUGAGCCGCUGACGCCCCUCUUCACCUGCCCCCAGGCCCAGACACCAGGGCUGGGGUCUCCUCAGGCGCGGGACUGGUUCCUGUGAGGCUGAGCCCUGCAAACAAGAGCUCUGGGUCUUCCUCGGCCUCCGGCUCCUUUCAAGCUCAGGACGGAGGCCGGAGAUCGGUGAUCUCUCAGCCCCGAGCGUUUCCUGUGUCCGGGUUGCAGUGGCUGGGAGCCCCCUCCUGCUGCCAGCCAGGAAGGGACCAGUGCGACCCCACUGUCUUGCUCUGCACCUCCUCCUCUUCUCCCAUUCAAAAGCAAGUUUCUUUUCCCUUUCCGUUGGAAAUCUUGCCCCGGAAGACCAAAACACCCGUCCGUGUGUCCUUCCCCAGCUCCUGAAGCACCCUUAUUAGUAUUAUCUACUGACCAGGGCUGAGAAUCUCUCGUUCUUGACUUUUUAUCCCCCUUGGGAGACAAAGGUUACCUCUCCUAAACACCCUCAACCUAAUUGACACUCCAUGCCCAGGGCUUUAUCCAUUUUGAUCACCAGCUCCCAGGACGUCUUUAUGUGACUUCCCCCAGCCAUCCAUCUGAGUUCCAGUUUCCUCUGGGCUCCAGUCUUUAGUUCCCCAGCGGAUCUGGUCAGUCCCACCCCUGGGUGGGAGUGACCAGAGGGGCUCUGGCCCAGAAUUCCCCACCCUGGAAGGCAGCUCCAAGGCAUCGAGAGAAUUGGGCAUCGGGUACGAACCUGGCAGCUCAGGAGUGGGUGCCCCACUCACCCCACACAAGAAAAUGAAAAAGCGCAAAGAGCUCAAUGCAUUGAUCGGCUUGGCUGGGGACAGCCGGAGAAAGAAGCCCAAGAAAGGCUCAGGCCACCGCCUGCUUCGCACCGAGCCUCCUGACUCAGACUCUGAGUCCAGCUCAGAGGAGGAAGAGGAGUUUGGUGUAGCUGGAAAUCGCUCUCGCUUUGUCAAGGGAGACUAUUUACGAUGCUGCAAGAUCUGUUAUCCCCUCUGUGCUUUUGUCAUCCUCGCCGCCUGUGUCAUGGCCUGCGUUGGCUUGGUGUGGAUGCAAGUUGCUCUGAAGGAGGACCUGGAUGCCCUCAAGGAAAAAUUUAGAACAAUGGAAUCUAAUCAGAAAAGCUCAUUCCAAGAAAUUCCCAAACUUAAUGAAGAACUACUCAGCAAACAGAAACAGCUUGAGAAGAUUGAAUCUGGAGAGCUGGGCUUGAACAAACUCUGGAUAAACAUCACAGAAAUGAAUAAGCAGAUUUCUCUGCUGACUUCUGCGGUAAAUCACCUCAAAGCCAAUGUCAAGUCCGCUGCAGACUUAAUUAGCCUUCCUGCCACUGUAGAGGGACUUCAGAAGAGUGUAGCUUCCAUUGGCAAUACUUUAAACAGCGUCCAUCUUGCUGUGGAAGCAAUGCAGAAGACUGUGGACGAGCACAAGAAAACCAUGGAGCUCCUGCAGAGUGAUAUGAAGGAGCACAUCUUAAAGGACACCAGUGGAAGCAACCAGAUCAUUCCAUCGCCUUCAGCUACAUCUGAACCUGACAAUAAAACCCACAGUGAGAAUCUGAAACAGUUGGAUGAUAGAGCUGCCACUCUGAAGAGAGAGUCUUUGUAUCAAGUGACCAACAGAACAGAGUCAGUAAAAUCCCAAAGCAUCAAGAAAGAAGCUAGUUCAGAUUCUCAGGUAUCCAAGCUCCGAGAGAAGCUGCAGCUGAUCAAUGCCCUCACAAACAAACCUGAGAGCAGCAGGCCUCCAGAGACGGCCAAUGAAGAGCAAGUACAGAGUUUCACAUCAGAGCCAUCCACGUCGCCAAAACGCCCCCGGUCUCUUGGAGGCCAGAUUGAGAAAGCUGCCCAACUAAGACCUAUUUCCAUACCGGGAAUUUCUAGCAUCGAAGAUCUUCAGGAUUUAUUCCACAAGAUUGGCCAGGACAUGGAUGGGAAGCUGACCUACCAGGAAAUCUGGAACUCCUUAGGUUCUGCUGUGCCAGAGCGUUUGAGAGCGUUUGAUUUUGAUGGAGAUGGAGGGUACUCGCUCUCGGAGCUGCGAGUAGCUUUAGGUUUCUAGCCUCAUCAGGCUGAUUUUAGAAACGGAUAUACCCAGGACUACCUAAUAGCUAUUCACUAACAGAAACCACCCUUUUACCUACCCAUCAGGCCUCCAGUCCUCCAAACUACUGUAGCAGACACAUUGCCACCUUUUAACUUGUUUGAAAAAGCUAUAUAAAAGUUAUUUUUUUAAAAAAAGAAGACCAUCUUGCUGAUACUCAAGAAAUCUAUGAUUUCCUAAAACCAGUAAGAUCUUAAUUUUAAAAUUUCCAGACAAAAAAAAAGUCAAGCCCUCUUUUUUUUCCUCUUUCAUUUUUUUUUUUUUUUGAGGGGAGAAGACUUUAUCUUUUAAAACUGGAAAAUGUGUACAGAGAGAAUAAGCCGCCUUUUGUAUUUCACAUAAAUUUGCCUUAAAUUAGCUGCACUUUAUACAGACUCAGAAAAUGUCUUUCUUUUGACAGAUGGACCUUUUCUGUUUGUAAAUAUUUAAAAUAGAAGAAAGAGUCAUGCAUAUUUUGUGUGAAGUAGGAAGAAUGGUUUGAAACAGGAUGUGAACAAAUGAUUCAUUUUUAAAAAUCUCUGAUUUGUUCUGGUAGCAGCUGAAGCUAUGUCCCCAUCUCCUUAGAUGACACUGCUGCCAUGGGGGGUGGCCUGGUGCUGGGGGAAUAGAUUUAGGGAGUGGACACUGAGGGGACAGUGCUGCCUCCAGGCUCAGGAAAGUCAGAUUCUGGCUCUUUGUUCUGUCCUCCCAGCUAAUCCCAGCCUGUGAACCAGAGAAGUCUUGUUGGGGAUUUUCUCAUUUUUAAUCCUGUUUCAAGGCUUAUGAGCAUAAAAAGUUAUCCAGUGGGAGCUACAUUUUCCCCCAGAGUGAACUAGCUUAUCUUCCCCCACCCGCUCACCCAAAUCUACCUUUAAGCUAUAACUGACGUUCGCCUCUGAUACCAUCUCCGUUCUGAAAGGCAGGGCUGAAGUCCCUUGGCCACUAUCUCAGCUUGGCUACCCAGGAGCUGUAGAGGAAAGCUGUGCCUCUAAUUCGGAUCCAAGAAACUUGUUGAGAUUUUACCUGGGCUAAGGCCAAAAAGGUGGUGAAAUGAAACAUGUGAAAUCAUACAUCCUCUUAGAAUUACAGCUCAGAAGUAGCUAGAAGCUGUCUGUCCAGAGAUGCCAAACACGGCAGGCAAGCCUGGCAGCAAGUUUUUUCAAAUUUAAUACAAGCAGAUACAAUACUUCUCCCUUUAAAUACUUCUGUAGGCCUGGUACUAAAGGCCUCUGGGCUGGAAGGAAUUCUUCCUCCGUGUCACAGGUGCGUGUGCUGUGUUGGUCUUAGAAGCAAUCUUUGGGCAACACAAAAGGAAAAACCGCAAAACCUGUUCUAGAGACCAAGUCCGGGAGAAACCAGAGAAGCUUUCAGGGUCUAGAUUCUUUAGUAGAGCUUGUUUCCUUUUUAGCUUUGUCUAAGUUGCCCUUCAGCCGUCAAUGCAGUUGAGCACCCUUAAAUAUAUUUUAGGGGCUGGGUUUUUUCUUUAGAUGAUUUUCAGCUUGGUGUUGGCAAACCUUGAUUUUUUUCCUAGAAAUACUAAAAUUUAGUUAAAGCAGGGUGAAGCUUUUCCCGUGAAUGUGUCUGCUUACCUCAUGGCUCAUGUCAUGUCUCUCUCUCUCUCUCUUUUUCUCUCACAAACAUUUUCUUUGCCUAUCUGAGCUAUUUUACUUUCUUGGAAAGUUUUAAAUAUAGUUUAAAAUUAGCCUGGCACUUUAGGUAACUUGAAGAUAACUUACUCUUCUGGCUGCCUUUCAUGCCCCCCCCCCCUUUAAUAUAUAUAUAUAUACCCUUGCAGAUUUUGUAACAACCAAAUAAAAUUCUAGCAAGAAAUUGAAUUAUACUGCUAUAUUUGUAUAUAUUGUACCAUACAUAGUAUGUCUGUACCUGGAAGGUAUUUUUUUUGAGAACCGAUUUAUACGAAAUAUACUUGAGGGUAAUAUAGCUUGUCCUUUUUAGUUUCAAAUUUUUAUUCCCAGGCAGAUCCUUUGAGGACACCUUAACUCCUUCACUUUUGCAUCAAUUGUGUUUUUUAGUUUAUCCUCCGUUCUGCCCACCUCAAGCUUGUCUGUCUGCCGUCAUCCCUGAACGAGGAGGGUAGCACCAUCCUCUCCCCUGUCAAAUUUGGCAUAAGUGUUCCUGUCGCACUGUGAAUACCCUUGUCACACCGCCUGGGAAAGUGCUGUAUUUCCCAGGCAAAACUAGGACAUCUUGAACUCCUUUGCGCUAAGUUGAGUGUACUCAUUGGCUUAAAAAAAAGCAUGAAUGGAGUUCCCUUGUGGUGUAAUGGGUCAAGGAUCCUGCAUUGUCACUGCAGCAGCUUGGGUCGUUGCUGUGGCACAGUUCAAUCCCUCCCUGGCCUCGGAAUUUCCACAUGCUGCAGGUGCAGCGCCCCCCCCCCCCCCCCAAAGCAUUCCACAAGCCUAUUAUUCAGUAUUAAUUUGGGAUUUUUAUUUGAAAGUGAACUUACCCAGCCUAUGACUUCUAUUAAUCUGUAAUCAAGUCUUACCUCCCACACCUCAGCCCUGAGAGGAAGUCUGGGUAGCAGUGGUGGUGAGUUUGGGUUUGGUUUUGAUUUCGAAUUCUAUGACCUCUUCAGUCUGGCUGCUCCUAAUCCUGCUUUUGUUAAGUUGCCCAAAGCAAAGCUUCUUGGUCCUGCUUUUCUUUUGCCCUUAUCUGAUAGAAUGUUUACCUAGAAAGCCGCCUCCAUAAAUGAGAACGGCAAGAAGGUAUUAUAGGAAGAGAGGACCUGGCUUGGCGAUGACUCUAGUGUCGUGGCCUUAAGGACAGAGACGGGCCUGGCACUAAGGGUUGUGUCUGAUACAGCACAGCUGAGGGACACCCUUCACCUGCUGCUGCCGACUUGCUCCUCCGUUGUCAUUCCCUCACUUUGUGUUGCUGGAUGGAAGCUUCUCCCCCACCCCCACCACCGUCUCGCGGUCACAGUUGAAGAUUUUGACUGUGAUGGGCUCAUACUCAUAAUGGCCUGCUGUUGAUUUGUUUUUAGUGAUGCUUUUGUUUGCUACACACCUCAUUGGCUUGCUUACCAACGCCAGUUAGAUGUGGUCCCCUCUUUCAUAUCCAAACCAGAACACAUUUGGGUAUUCCUGAGAUUUUAUAAAGCGUGUAUUGUUUGUUAUACGAACCUAAACUACCUUGUUUUCUCAUAUUAAGAAAUGUAAAUCUACUUUGCUUUAGUGGAGCUAUUUUGGUAACGUUUAAGCAAUUUUGGUUCUGUUUAGGGAGCGAAUUCAAGGUUUCCACCCCUUGAUUUGGGCUUUGCUAAUUUCCUAUCAGUAAUACAUCCAUUUUAAUUUAUCUAAAUAAAACAUUUCUUUUUUCUCCCA